AUGGGCACAAACUUUAAUGGACAGUUUUUAUGUAAAGACGAUGGAAAUUGGACUCCAUUUGAUACAGUGCCAGACUGUAUAGGAACAGAAAUCGAAAAAGAAGCCAGAGACCCCUUUGUAAUUUUGGAAUUUUAUAUCGUUAAUCCUUUGAACUUAACCAACACAACAUUUUUAGAUGCAUUAACUUAUUACGACGAUAUACAGCUCAACACACUGAAACCGGCAGUUCAAGAUCUGAUCAACAACGGUACUUUUGACAUCGCAAAUUUCGUGCUGAAAUCCGAUUCAUUUGCGACGCCAAGUUACGGCGACAUAAUAUGCGAUGAUGGUUACAUGCUGGACCAAUCAACAUGCAAGCCAUGUCCGGUUGGCUACUUUCUUAACCAAACAAGCAACCUAUGUGAUCAGUGCCCUGCCGGCCUGUAUAAGGACGUCGAAAGUGCAAGCACGUGUUCAUCAUGUCCUAACGGGUACACAACACCGGUAUCUGGGUCCAAGUCCGAAUCUGAUUGUGUCAAAUUAUGUAGUCCAGGAACAUAUUCUGCAAGUACUGUUGAGAUAUGUAACACGUGUCCCCUUGGUUACUAUCAAGAUGAGUAUGGACAGACGACGUGUAAACAAUGUCCUUCCGGUACAAUAACUGCAUCAACAAACAGUAGCUCUGCUGAUGAUUGCAAAAUAUUUGAGGAGUGCGUGUCUUCACCAUGUAACGGACAUUACUGUACCAGUGUCCAAGACAAUUAUAUCUGUACUUGUGAUGGCGGUUGGUCUGGGACUAAUUGUACGACACCACCGGAUAAUUGUAAUGGCAACGCAUGUGAAAAUGGUGCAACGUGUAUAAGUGGAACUAAAAAUUACACGUGUAGUUGUGCUACUGGAUACAGUGGUCCGUUUUGUGAAGUUUCACCAUUGGAUGGCGGUUGGUCAGACUGGACCGAUUCAGCAUGUUCAAUGAGUUGUGGAACUGGUAGUUUGACUAGAACACGACAAUGUAACAGCCCAGUCCCAGAUACACACGGUGCUGAUUGCGUUGGUGACGCUACAGAAACAAUAGCUUGUAAUACAGAUGCUUGCCCUGUUUGUGAACAACUCACGAGCGCAUCCGGGACCUUGUUCAAUUGUUCUACAAACGGAACAUUCGGUGAUGAGACAUGUACAGUAUAUUGCGAGGAUGGUAAAGUACUUCCACCCGGUUUAGAUGAUGGACAGUCAUACACGUGUGGUCCAAGCACCAACUACGAAUGGGAUUAUUUGGAAAAUACGCCCAGCUGUGUUGACCCUGUCGGUCCAGGGAAUGUUAGCAUAACCAUAUCUGUAGAGUAUGCCACAGAGAUUCCCGCCAGUAUUGCGUCAGACUUUAUUGACUUGAUAAAAAACCAAACAUCAGGCCUGCAGUGCUUUGAUUCUGCUAACUGUCAGACGAAUAUAGAAAUAGAUCAGUCUACCUUGACGAUUGUGUUUAAUAUUCCUACAUCCCAGGGACCAGACCUUGAUUAUAGCGACUACAUAUCGAGUGGAAUACCAAAUGGUGCUCUACAAGAGGUUAUAGACGCAAUCAAUCUUUUGGAACAAACUGCCGAAUACAUUCAAAACAAUACGAAUGAGUUGUUUGACGUCACCACUGACGGCGUGACGUACACUGUUGUAGACGACAGUGUAACAAUUGAUGCUGGAGUCACGUGCGAUAGCGGAUUUGUUGAUUAUGACGGCAUUUGUGUUGCAUGUCCGGCAGGCACACACUCUAUUGAUGACGUGUGUGCAUUUUGUGAGAAGGGAAAAUAUCAGUCGAACGCUGGACAGACGACAUGUGAAUCAUGUCCAGAUGGGCAGACGACAAAUGCUAUAGGCUCAAAAGAUAGCUCACAAUGUAUAAUAGAAUCAACAUCAAUGACAAACUCCCCGACAACGGAACAAAGUACAAAGAUGUCGCCUCCGGGAAAACGCCCUCGUGACGAUGAUGAUAAUAACAAUACCGUGACGAUAGCGAUCGCAAUUUCUGUGACAGCACUAGUUAUUGCAUUAUUUGCGAUAGUGAUGGUUUGGUACAAGAAAUUCAGACCAAAUACAAUUGAUUGCUCAACCGAAAAUCUAAGAGUCGAAACAGGUCGAACAAGGUUCAUAAGAAGUGGCCGCGGUAUGCCCGCUCCACCAUCUCGUACGGUUACAACAAUGUCAGAAUUCGAUCCAAACGACUAUCAGAGAGGUAGUGACAGCUGUCGGACGCCUGGGCCACCACAUGUCAGAGUGGCGUCUGCUAAUAGCAUGUAUUUAACACCCGAGAACAUAAGAAUAGAUUGUCAAAGCCCUCCGCCUUACGAAGCAGGUUUACCAGUAUAUACAGAAAAAGAUUUUACAUUGUUUGAUAACACAUAUGCCGUUAUUAACGACAGUCUCCCUGGAAAAAAGUAAACAAUUAAAGAGAAACACUGAGUAAUUAAAGAGAAAAAGUAAACAAUUAAAGAGAAACAAUAAACAAUUAAAAAGAAAAGAAAGAUUAACAAUAAAAGUGUAAAGUAAAAAAUAACAGAUAAUGGACCCUAAUGGUCAGACUAUCGUUUUUAUCAUGGAGGUGUGAUUUUUCUAGAAGAAUGAAAUGUUUACACAUGAAUCUUGUUAUUCUAUAGAGUUUUUCGCAAAAUGACUUCAAAGAGGAUAUUCCCCACCACCUA